GCAUCUGGAAAGAAAGCUCCUGUCUAGAGACUCGGUUUGCUGACUGACUCCCUUUCUUUGGUUAUCUUUAACUCCUGGGUACAAACUCCAAAUGUUGGUCCAGUUGAGGACAGCUUUCCAACAGGCUGGUAAGAUGUCCGAAGGCAACCUGCCCAAACUAGAAGCCAAGAUCCUUGUCAUUGGAGCUGGAAAAGUGGGAAAGUCAGCUUUGACAGUUCGGUUUCUGACCCGAAGAUUUAUUGGAGAAUAUGGGAAUAUUGAAUCAAUUUACACUCACAAUGUGAUGAUGGGUGGCCGGGAGGUUUGCUUCAGCAUCUGGGACUCCGUCUGCCCUCAGGCAGCUGAGCUCCAGGGCUGCAUGAAUGAGAAACAGGUCCGCUGGGCUGACGGUUUUAUCCUGGUCUACAGCAUCUGCGAUCGCACCAGCUUCCAUUUUGCUCGCCAACAGCUUCAGCGGAUCCAGCAGCUGAAGAGGAAAAGUGGGGCUGUGAAAGUGCCUGUUAUCUUGGUGGGGAACAAACGGGACUUGCAGCACCGGAGAACUGUCUCCAGUGAGGAAGGCCGACUCUUGGCCCUUUCCACAGACUCAGGCUUUUUUGAGAUCUCCUCUGCCGAGACCUACCACGGAGCUUUGGUGGUCUUCCACGAACUUCUGGACAUGGUGCGGGAUUCUCGGAGUUCCACCAAAAAGACUGUGAGCAUCCGAGGACUUGUACGUAGUAUGUCAGCUGUCUUUGGGAGGAGGAGAACUGACUGAAGAGGGCUGGUGAAGAGAAAGCCAGGAGGUAAAACAGAAUCCUAGAGACACACGGAACAGUAGUUCAAGUGGUGGCUGUUCAGCUGGAUGAACUUGGAAUGUCAGACGAAGGGAAAUGUGGAAAGAUCCCACACGAGGAACUGGGAGUUACGGACAGCUACAGCUGUACCAGUCGUUUACCACAUCCUUUUAGGAUGGAGAGAAUAAUGUGAACAACUGCUAAUUGUUUUUUCUCUAACCAGCAUGAUUUUACAUCUCUGGAAAUCCUCAUAUUUCCACUUUCGAAACAGUGUUAUCAUGACUUGGAGUGGGUUUUAGAGUGAAAAAGAGUAAAGAGGGCACCUUUGACCAUGCACAGACUGCCGUUCCCUCUUAGCUAAGCAACGGCAACCAGCUCUGAUAUCUCUGAAUUGUGGGGAGCCGGACUUCCGAGUCAGACAAUAUGACUUUUACGCACUUCUCUUCAUAAAGCAACUUCUUUGCAGUUAGAGAAUUUGAAAGAAGCCAAGCAAUUAUGUGACUUUUCAAAGGCACAAAAUGUUGCUGUGAAACCUUUUGAAGACUCUGCAGGGGUUAGAGAAAUGAUUAGGUUGAUUGGGAAGAAAAUAAUGGGGCUCGAUUGAUCUCAUGUCAAUUCAGCACAAGAACCCUGCUGAAUCUGGUAGCUGGAGAUCCCAGCCCGCGCACAGAACUUUUGCCUUAAUUAAGCGCUUAAAGGUAGAGGCAUUGCCACAUCAUUUUGGAUUUUAUGCACAGUGCGUGAUGAACGCCACAGAGAUGUUUUCUGAUCUCAGUCGCACACAAAGUAAUUUCUUUUAUAAGAUGGGUGAAACAGCUGAGUAGCAACGCUUUUCAAAAAAAUUUAAAACAUGCAUGGAGGGGGGGGAAAUUAACAUUUUCUUUACUGCAAAGAAAACUAAAAACAUUUUAUUGUUAUUGUUUAUUUGCCAUGCGAGAUUGCUUAUACUUUUGGGUUUAGAGAUAAAAUGCAAAAUAGACACCCUUUCCAAGUGUAUAACCUUAAAAAGUUUUAUAAACAAAUUUAUCAUGGCCAACAUCCAAAGAGUUGUACAGCUAGUUGGUUGCCUGUAAGGGGGCUCUGGACAGAUUUCUUGAACAGCAGCUGCUCUGUAUUGCAUGGCAAACCGUGUUUAAAAUGGAAAGGAAUUUCAAAAGCAGGUGACUGAUAUGGGAAAAUAAUCUGCUCUUUAUAUGAAUGCCAGAAGAGCCCUGCUGGAUCAGUACAGAGGUCCAUUUAGUCCAAUAUCCUGUUUCACACAGUGGCCAACCAGUUUCCCUGGAGGGCCCACAAACAAGAGGCCAUUGCUUCUCCCUGAUGUCGCCUCUUAUUGCUGGUAUUCAAACGUCUGCUGUCCCUGAAUACUGGUCAGUAGCCAUUGAUGGACCAUCACUUUGUCUAAUCCUCUUUUUAAAGCCAUCUAUGCUCUGGCUGUCACUGGCAGUGAAUUCUUCAAUUUAAUUACUUGUUGAGUAAGAAGUAUUUCCUUUUGUCCAUCCUGAACCUAUUCCCCAUCAACUUCAUUGCCCUUGAGUCCUGGAAAGGUUUAUAAAAAUCCCAAUGGAUAUGUUGGCCUAGGUCCUUGGGUAUACCUGAAAAAGUCCUUUGAAUCCUGACCCAUAUGUUUAAUCUCUGUACAGGAUUGCCAACCAUCCAGUAAUUUAUUGGCAGAAAACAGUAAACAUAACCAGUAAAAGGGUCCUACAAAUCUACUACGUUAGAGAUCCUGAUAGGUUUUGUCCACUGGUUCCAUGCUGUGCCAAGAUUGGCUCUGCCCGUGAUUCACCAGGACUCUAAAAAUUUUGUCCAGGUUCUGUUUAG